AUGAAUACCUGCCCCCACCGCCCCGUCUCCCUCGUCGAGCUGCGCAACCUAACGCCCAUCCCCUUCCGCCUCUCCCUCGAUGCCACCGUCUCGACCUCGCUAUCCUCGUUCGACUACCGGCUCUAUCGAAAGUCCCAUCUCAUCAUUUCACCUAUCCCUUUUAAACUUUCCUUCCAACAACGGACCGAGGUGAAGCCGCCCUCCUCCGGUGACAGCGAAUCGGCAUUGCGGAAUCAGCCGGGAUCCAGAGCAGCAACUCCAUCUCGCCUGUCGCUCGGUGGUUCCUUACCCCGGAUGGAGAUCGGCUCUACAGGUCCUCCACCGAAAGCCCUCACUCAGAUAACCAUUCCAGAACACCAAAACACCCCCGCCUCCGCUAACCCCAGCACUACCACCCCCGCCAUCCGCCACGCCCCACUCUUCCCCAGCGGCAGCCCACUCCGCCGCCCCAAACGCAAAGCCCCCACCCACCCCAGCCAUCAACUCACGCACCCCCCUCCACCACCACCCACAAGCGCAAACGCCGCCGCCAGAAACGCCGCCGAGGCGCCAAAGCCCGCUCGCCCGCUCCCAGCGACGACAGCAUAG